AGUCCGACAAGUACCGUUCUCCUGGCAACCGCCAAACCCAGACACGCCCAUCGCACUGCCAGACAGAGAAGCGUGAUUGGUCACUCCAGAGAACACAUUUCCACUGCUCCUAGAGUCCAGUGGCAGCGUGCUUUACACCACUACAUCCAAUGCUUUGCACAUGCACUUGGUGAUAUAAGGCUUGGAUGCAGCUGCUUGGCCAUGGAAACCCAUUCCAUGAAGCUCUCUACGCACUGUUGUUGUGAUAAUCUGAAGACCACACAAAGUUUGGAGGUCUUUGGCUCUUGACUCUGCAGACAGUUGGUGACUUCUGCGUACUGUGUGCUUCAGCAUGCGCUGACCCUGCUCUGUCAUUUCAUGUGACCUACCACUUUGUGGCUGAGUUGCUGCUGUUCACAGUUGCUUUUACUUUGUUAUAAUACCACUAACAGUUGACCGUGGAAUAUUUAGUAGCAAGGAAAUUUCAUGGAUGGACUUAUUGCACAGGUGGUAACCUCUCACGGUACCACGCUUGAAUUCACUUAACUCCUGAGAGCGACCCAUUCAUUCACAAAUAUUUGUAGAAGCAGUCUGCAUGCCUAGGUGCUUGAUUUCAUACAUAUAUGGCCACGGAGGUGAUUGGAACACCUGAAUCCAAUGAUUUGGAGGGG